AUGGGGGAAAUGAUGCGAAACGGUGAGCUAACGAAAUGGAGAUGCGUUAGAUCUACGGAUAAACAUUUUCAGCUACUACCUGAAAAAGUUUCAGAUACUCUGCUCAAUUUUUCAUACGAUGUAGUUGGAGUGUUUCUUCCUGAUCAUCUGUUAUACGGAAAAAUCAGCGAAAAUGAGAGUUUUCUCAAAAUUAUUUCUGGUGACCCAAUGAAAGAAAUCCAAAGAAGACGAGAUAAACCGGAAAACGUGGCCGAAACCAGUAAAUCAAGUAUUGGGCAUAUGCUCAACUAUCUUCGCGAAUACCACUUCUGUUUGGAAAGUGGAAAACUUUUGAACUGCAAGAAGAGAUCCACCUGCUCGCCACAUCUUACCUGGAGAGAUAUGAAGUCGUUCCGAGACUAUUGCAGAGAAAAUUCAAGAGACCCAGAUGAUUACGACCUAAAGGAUAUUGUAGGAUUGUAA